AUGGCCAAGGGAAAAGUGAAGCCUCUCCUCACCGCCGAUGGAGGUGAAAUCGCCGAUGCUCCUUCCGUAGAGAAGAAGCUUAAGAAGAAGAAUAGGAAGCGAGCUGAACCUGAUCCCGAGCUACCAUCAACGCGAGAUUCCGGUGUUGAUGAAGAUAGAGAUGGAGUGUUGGUAGAUGGUGCUCAAAACGAGCCAACGAUGGGUGAUAAAUUCGAGAGUCUUAAGCUAUUAGGCGGUGAAGAGCUUAGCAAUGAGGAUAGUCAUAAGGCUUCUGCUCCGAUCGAUGAUAAGCCUCCCACCGCAGCUUCUGUUAACGUUCUUCUGAGACAAGCAUUGCACGCUGAUGACCGUGCUCUUCUACUGGAUUGCUUGUACAACAGAGAUGAGCAGGUGAUUGCUAAUUCGGUUGCGAAGUUGAAUUCAGCAGAUGUACUCAAGCUUCUUAAUUCCCUUCUACCAAUACUACAAUCAAGGGGUGCAGUUUUGGCUUGUGCGAUUCCUUGGAUUAAGAGUCUGUUACUUGCUCAUUCUAGUGGAAUUAUGUCACAAGAGUCGUCAUUAGUCGCAUUAAACACCAUGUAUCAGCUCAUCGAAUCACGAGUCUCGACUCUUCAUACUGCCGCGGAAGUUUCAAGCUGCCUGGACUUGCUCGUGGACGACUUUGAAGAAGAAGAAGAAGAAGAAGGUCCUGUGAUCUAUGUGGAUAAGGACAGUGAUGAAGAAGAAGAAGAAGAAGAAGAAGAAGAAGAAGAAGGAUCAGAGGAAGAAAUGGAGACAGAUGAUGAGUCGGACGAAUCGGGGGAUGAAGCAGCUGAUGGUGUCAAUGAUUUUGAAGGAUUUGACGACAUGAGCGAUUGA